AGCGGAAGUUUCGAGAAAGCGGUCCGUCGCUAAACAAGGACCGCCAACCGAGUUUAGAAAACAGACGCGCUUGCUUCUGGAAAAUAAAUAUUUAUAUUUGCUUUAAAACUAUGCCACCGGGUAAGAAUUUGAGGAGGAGGAAAGAGGAUUCAUCUGAUGAGGAAGACGAUGAGACAAAAGCUGUGGUCAGGUCCAAACUGGAUGAAGCUAAGGAGCUUCAAAGUCUAAGGAAGAGACAGCAUGGAGUGAGCAUUACAGCGUUACUCGUUGGAGAGAAGCUUCCUUUAGAAGCCGAGCUUGAGGACGACCCAUUUAAACUAAAAACAGGAGGUGUUGUUGACAUGAAGAAAGUGAAGGACAGAAAUCGAGACAUGACAGCAGAUGAAAAUGACCUGAAUCUUGGUACAUCUUUCUCUGCUGAAACUAACAGACGAGACGAAGAUGCAGACAUGAUGAAGUACAUUGAAACAGAGUUAAAGAAAAAGAAAGGCAUGGUGGAGGCAGAAGAACAGAGUAAAGUAAAAGUGAAGAAUCCGGAGGACCUUCUGUAUGAGCUUCCUGAGAACAUCCGUGUCAAUUCUGCUAAGAAGACAGAAGAGAUGUUGUCCAAUCAGAUGUUGAGCGGAAUUCCAGAGGUGGAUUUGGGGAUUGAUGCAAAGAUAAAGAAUAUCAUCAGUACGGAGGAAGCAAAAGCAAAGCUGCUUGCUGAGCAGAGGAAUAAGAAAAAAGACAAUGGGACCUCAUUUGUUCCCACUAACAUCGCUGUCAAUUACGUCCAGCACAAUCGCUUCUAUCACGAAGAUGUAAACGCACCCCAGAGACGAAACAAAGUAGAAGAGCCCAAAGCCAGGCCAAUGCGAGUAGGAGACACUGAGAAACCAGCACCUGAGGCAACACCACCCAAUUAUCGUAAGAGACCAAAUAAUGAAAAGGCAACAGAUGACUACCACUAUGAGAAAUUCAAAAAGAUGAACAGACGAUACUAAGUUUCUACCUUUAUGUGAAAACUGGCUGACCCCUUUUUUUUUUUUUUCAUUUAACAGAAAGAAAAUGUAGAUAUUUUUACUCUAUUUAAAAUUGUCCUUCUCUUAAAUGCUUUUUUUUACAAUAAAACAUACCCCCCAAUAUUGCUCAUCUUUAGAAAUUAAUAUCAUGCACUGUACAACAUUUCAGUGUGUUGUGAAAUGUUUUUAUAUAAUUGUGUUUUUAUUACCACUUCAUAUUAAUGAAACUUUUUUCUUAGUAAAGGUCAUUUUUAUUGGACAGAAAACUUGUCAAUGAAAUAACAAAAGCAAUAUUACUGACUGAAAACACGUGACCAUGUCUAAGGUUUUGGCUCUGAGGUCUUUGUAACAAACUAAACUUGUAAGGUAGUCUAAAGGUUGCACAGCAUUUAAAAUAUAUAAACUAAUAAAAAAUUAGAUUUGUUGAGAACACUU